UCUAAAGUCUCAUCCAAACCAGUCGAAAUGUUCAUCCGGUUGUUUCUGCUGCUAUUGGCAAUUAGUUCCCUGUCUGCAGGACGAGUUCCCCAACUGGAAGAACGCAUUAUCGGUGGAAGUGACAUUGAAAUCGAACAGGCUCCUUGGCAGGUGUCCUUACAAGUUGAAGGACGUCAUGUUUGUGGUGGAUCGAUUUACAGCAAAGAUAUUAUUAUCACUGCGGCACAUUGCCUUUUUGAUGAUGAUGUACGGCAACAACUUGAUGCCAAAAACUUUCGAAUUAGCGUAGGAUCCUCAUUAAAAAACUCUAACGAAAGUCUUGUCAAAGUAGCAGCCAUAAAAUCUCAUGAGAGGUUUCAUGAUCCUCCUUAUAAAAACGACAUUGCCGUGAUGCGAUUGAGUGAGCCGCUCGAGUUUUCCAACAAAGUACAGCCUAUUCCUUUAGCCGAUAACAAUCCUCGUUAUGGGACGCCCGCAUUUGCUUCUGGCUGGGGAGCUACAUCAUUCGAAUUGGUUUUUGUGAAUGGCUCUCUUAAAUGGAGCCCUACAUAUCCCACACAUCUUCAAGGCGUAUCGCUCCGAAUUAGAUCAUUUUUUUUUAUGCCACAAGAUAUAAUUUAUGCCGGAGUAUUUGGACAAAGUGGUUGCCGAGGCGACUCCGGUGGACCUCUGGUUGUUGACAAACAACUUGUGGGUGUCGUCUCAUCAGGUCCGAAAUUGUGCGAUGGAAAAGGGAAGUUCACCAGUGUCCCUGCCUUCAGGAAUUGGAUUUUAGAUGCCAUUAAAUCUUUUUGA